UCGGCGAGAAGGUCAAGACACAGCCCGCCACAGCAACACUGCAACACUCGGUAGAUGAUAUCGUAUCGGUCGGCGGACAGUGUGCAUGAAAGUGUUCCGGUGCUUUCGCGGAUUAUGUGAGACCGACCCUUAAAAGGUAUCCUUCGCAAAGAUUCCGAAUAAGAUGUAUCCCGACGUUUCGACGGUACCAUAAAAUAGUUGACGCCGUGAAAUUGCCAGAUAGACGAACUAUGAAACUGAAAACUACGUCCCUGAAUAGAAACUCCAACGUGAUAGCGACACAGAGGAAAGAUGACACCAAAAAUCCGGAAGAUUGCCUUCUAAAUGUAGGCGGACCAACCAAAAGGAUAGGCGAGCCGGUCAAAACAACUGGAAAAUGUGGUACGUUUUGCUUAAUGGCCUCCGCAUUUUUGCUGUUCUCCUGGGGCAUAGAGUCGCUGGUAUACAUCCCGUUUCAAACUUUUAUGGACCAAAGGAUUAAAAUGAUACCGGGUUUUCCAGCUUACGAAUGGUGGUUACAUCCUCCGGACGAGGUCUUAAUGAAAGUUUACGUUUUCAACGUCACGAAUUCCGAAAGGUUCCUAAACGGCACUGAUAAAAAACUUCGAAUCAAAGAAAUCGGACCUUUAAUAUACAGGGAAAAACUAACGCACAGCAAUCCCAUUUUCAAUGAAAAUGGGACUUUUACUUACACGGCCAACAGGACAGCCAUCUUCCUGCCAGAGAUGAACACCAUUAGUUUAAACGAUAGCAUAGUAGUACCCAACUUAGCAGUAUUGCUCAUGCCAGCAUAUUUCUACGACGCUUCGAUGAUAGUCAAACUCGGGAUAAACAUUAUGAUAAGGACUUACAACGCUCAACCUCUAGUGAAGACCACCAUACACAACUUCUUGUGGAACAUGACCGAUCCCGUAUUGAUGCCUGCUCAAAAAAUUGCCCCCAGUUUAGUUCCGACAACGAACGUUGGAAUCUUGGACAGGAUAUACUCGAAUUUCAUCGACAACGUUACUGUUUUCAUCGGAUCGAAACAUGGCCACGGCAAAUUCUUCACCAUCGACAGAUACGACGGCUCCGACAAUUUGCCAAAUUCGAGAAAAUGCGAAAACAAAUACGAGAACGCGUCAGAGGGCGUCAGCUAUCCUCAAUACUUAAGCAAAAAUUACACGAUAAAGUACUGGAGGAAAACCCUGUGCAAAGUCGCGGAGCUUCUAUACAACGACGAACAAUAUUUGUACGGGGUAAAAGCAUUCAGAUAUGUGCUUGAUCCGUUUACGUACAAUAGAACGCAGCCUAGCCACAAGGACUGCUACAAAGGAGUCGGAGAUCCUUUGCCCAAUGGGUUGGCGGACGUUUCUUCGUGUUAUUUCGGGUAUCCGAUGGCAGCCAGUUUUCCGCAUUAUCUCUACGCGGAUGAUGUCGUAAAAAGCUACGUGGAAGGCUUGCAGCCGGAUGAAGACAAACACGGGUCCUAUGUAAUAUUAGAGCCAUUCACAGGCAUACCUCUACAAGGUAAGGCGAGGUCUCAGAUCAACUUGGUUAUGAAAAAGUUCUGGGGAUUCGGUGAGAAGAUCCAACGGUUUAGUGAUUUGACCGUGCCGCUAUGUUGGAUAGAAUACUAUCAGGUUGGUAUCCCUGCUUACAUCCAGAACCUGACUUUCUUUGUGGUUGUACUGGUGCCCUUGGGUCAACUGCCAUUCUCACUGGUGCUGGUCAGCUCCAGCAUGGCGCUGUUCUAUCUCUGCUGGUUCAGGUGGAAAAAGCGCAGAGAAAAGCAACUAUUGAGGAACAAAAUAUUGACGUUUGAAUCGGAGAAAUUUAUCAAGUGAAUAAAAAGUGAUAUCUAGUGUUUAGAAGUAGCGAGAAAUGUUUUGUAAGUCAUUUUGUAUUAAGAGAUUAUAUUAAAGAGUUGAUUAAAA